AGUUGGAUGUACGGUUCAUUGACAUCAGCUGGGCUAGACAUCCAACAUGUAGAUGCAAUUGGUCACAGCCUUUGUCACUCCCUUUAAAAACAAAAUUGAGGAAGCAUUUUUAAGACUUUCACUAAAAUCCAGUUGUGAUAUGUGUAAAAGCUGGAGGUGAAAGAACCCAGAGUACUAACCCAUGCCAAACCCCACUGCCUUCCUUUGGUGUAGGGGUCAGAGUGUUGGACUAGGAUGUGGGAGGAUAGGGUUCAAAUCCCUACUCAGCCAUGACACUGGAUGACCUUGGGCCAAUCACAGUCUCUCAACCUAACCUACCUCACAGGGUUCUUGCGAGGAUAAAAUGGGGAAGAGGACACCCAUGUAUGAACUCCUUGGAGGAAAGGCAGGAUAGAAACCCAAUUGAUAAAUACUCAGAGGUUGUGGGUCAGAAUACUGCCUGCCUUUCCAUUUAAGCCCCAUCUCUCAUCAGCAGCUGAAGCUCCACCUGCAAAACUUUACUUCUCUCAGGCUUCCUGCUCUUCCAAUUUUGUUGAAUCAAACACAGUUAAGCUGAAACCCUAGAAUGUAGACAGAUUAUGAUCUCAUUGGUGAAUGAGCAACCUGCAUACCUGAGUCACUUCCAGCAACAGUGACCUCAUCCCAUAAAGAGUCUGGGACCCAGCCCAGAAAAGGUAGAACCAAACCUCAACCUGGGAGCUGGCAGGUGCAUGAUAUGAAAGUGCCUCAGAGAGAGAAAACAAAACUUGAAACGACAGUGGGAAGCCACAGAGGAAAGAUCCCAGUCUGUGGCUGUUGGAACCUCAAGAUUUCUCCCUGUGUGUCCCCUUCCCCCCAAAGGAGCUGAACCAUCGUCCAAAGAACUGAGAUCUAACUAGGCAUACAGAGCAUCGCACCCUUUUGGCUACAGGUGAAUUAAUUAUCAGGUGUUACUACUUUAUCAUGUAGAUCUUGUUUGUGAAAGGCUUUUUGAAAUUCCAGGUUUGCUUUUGCAACAGUCUGGCGAGGUAGGGUGGUGAUAUGCCCAGUUGCUUUACACAGAGGAGACUGAGGCCAAGAGAAAGUGACUUUCUCAGUGCCAGGCAGUGAAUUCUCAGAAGAGGUGGGACUGGAACCUGGCUCUUCUAGAUCAAACUCUCUACCAGCUAUUGCCACCUCCAGGCCCGAAAUUUAGAGUCACAAAUAUGGACUAGGCUCGUCAUUGCACAUAGAAAGAUAAUUCAUUGAAACGGGAGUGAAGAAAAAGGCUUUUGACAACUUCUUGUGUGCCUGUUGCCAUGGAAGAAGAGCUGGAACUCAGAAAUGUGAGCCUUUCUCGAGAUGGUGUGGAGACCACUGUGAUGAUCCCACCAAGCACCUCAGUGAUGGAUGCCCCUGCCAAGUCCUCUCCUUUGCAUAUGCACAGACUCCGCAAUCUGGCAAUAGCUAGCAUCAUCUGUGGCUGUUCUUGCAUCGGAGUCCUAGCAUUGAUCUAUGCAAUCAAGGCUAGCGAGAAGCAAAAAGCCGGUUCCCAUGAUUCAGCGGCUUACUGGGCCCAAAAGUCCCGGUUUACGUGUUUCCUAAGUGUCGGUGUCUGCAUGUCCCUCCUUAUUCUGGUGUUCCUGUUAUUGGUCCUCCUUUCCUAUCUCUUAUCUCAAGCCGAAUUAUGACUAUUAUGUUCAUGACCUUGGAUGUCCAGGAUUGCCUUCUCUGCUGGUUUCCACCCCACCCCAUCCCAAGCUGGAUUUUGCCAAAGGGGGCAGCAUGAAGGAGUUCUUUAUCGCUUGCAUCAGGGUGUAGUAUGCCCUCGUUUAUGUCUGGCUUUGUGGAGGUCACAAAAAGAGACUGUGGAAAAGGAACGGUCUCCGCUGCAGACAUUGAACUCCAUGUCCUGUUAAUGGGCUUCCCAUAAGGCAUUGGAUUGGCCACUGUGAUAAACAGGAUGCUGGACCAGAUAGGUCUUUUGUCUGAUCGAGCAGGGCUCUUCGUUAUGCGCUAAUGUCCUGGGUUGUACCUGAGUUCUGUUCGGAGCGCAACACCUGAUCUGUCCCAAUUCAGGUUUUGCUCCUGCAUGAUGUGCCAGGAUCAGCUCUCUUGGGACUGAUGGAUAUUGAAACACAAAAGCACAAGCCACUUUGUUACCCUUCCGUGCUGUGUUUUUGUCAGCCUUUUAUUUAUUCAUUUAUAAGCAUUUUUUAAAUCCUGCUCACCCAUUCUGUUCCUGGGACGGUUUAUGAAAAAUAAUAAAAUGAAAGUUGUGCCGCUGCUA